CCAUGGCCGGCACCAAUGGCGCCCCUCGCCUUCUCCGCCUCCCUACCACUGCCACUACCAGUACCAGCUCGACGCCACUGCUGCGACUACUAGCGCUACUACAGCUACUAUGCCUCGCCUCGGCGCUUAACCAAGACGGCAUACUGCUGCUGUCCUUCAAGCAAUCCCUCGCCUCCGACCCCCUCGGCUCCCUCUCCGGCUGGGGGUACGCCGACGUCACGCCCUGCGCGUGGAACGGCGUCGUCUGCUCGCCGGACUCGCGAGUCGUCAGCGUCGUCCUGCCCAACGCGCAGCUCGUCGGCCCCGUCGCCAGGGAGCUCGCCCUCAUCGAGAACCUCCGCCACCUCGACCUCUCCGGCAACGCGCUCACCGGGACCAUCCCGCCCGAUCUGCUCCGCGCGCCGGAGCUCCGCGUGCUCUCGCUCGCUGGCAACGGCAUUACCGGCGGCCUGCCGGAGCAGGUCGGCCAGCUGCGCAGCCUCCGCGCGCUCAACCUAGCCGGCAACGCUCUCUCCGGGGCCGUCCCGCAGAACCUCACCCUGCUGCCCAACCUCACCGCUGUCUCGCUCGCCAACAACUUCUUCUCCGGCACGCUCCCCCGCGGGGGCUUCCCGGCGCUGCAGGUGCUCGACGUCAGCGCCAACCUGCUGAACGGCACCCUGCCGUCGGACUUCGGCGGCGCCGCGCUUCGGUACGUCAACCUGUCCUCCAACGGCAUCGCCGGCGCCAUACCGUCGGACAUGGCCUCGCGUCUGCCGGCCAAUGUCACCAUCGACCUGUCCUACAACAACCUCACCGGCGCCAUCCCGUCGGUGCCGCCGUUCUCGGCGCAGAGGCCCACGGCGUUCGAGGGCAACGCCGAGCUCUGUGGAAGGCCCCUCGACAGCCUCUGCGGCUUCACGUCCUCCUCCUCUGCUGCCGCGGAGCCCCAGCCCCCGAACGCUACCGCGAAGUCGCCGCCGGCCAUCGCGGCGAUACCCAGGGACCCUACCGAGGCGCUUCCUGGCGAUGGUUCCAGCAGUGCCGCAGGCGCGUCGGCGUCCGGGGAGCAGCGCGGCAGGAUGCGGCUUGCUACCAUCGUCGCCAUCGCCGCCGGUGACGUGGCUGGCAUCGCCGUCCUGUUCGUUGUGGUCAUGUACGUUUACCAGGUGAGGAGGAAGAGGCAGCGUCAGGAGGUGGCGGCGAAGCAGAGGACGGGCGUCGUGUUCAAGAAGCCGGAUCCCGACGAGUCUCCGGACGCUGUCAGCCGGAGCCUUUCCUGCUGCCUGCGCAAGAAGGCCGGCGACGACAGCGACUACUCGGAGGAAGUCACGGACACGUCGCCGGCCUCCUUCGCAGAUCACAAGAACGGCAAGGCGGCCGGAGCUGAAGCGGCGAGCAAUAAGAAGAUGGGCGGGGACGGCGCGGUGCUAGUGACGGUGGACGGCGGCGCGGAGCUGGAGCUGGAGACGCUGCUGAAGGCCUCGGCGUACAUCCUUGGCGCCGCCGGCAGCAGCAUCGUGUACAAGGCCGUUCUGGCCGACGGCGCGGCGCUGGCGGUGCGCCGGAUCGGCAGCGAGUGUUCGGGGGUCCGGCGCUUCGGCGAGCUGGACGCGCACAUGCGCGCCGUGGCGAAGCUGCGGCACGACAACAUCCUCCGCCUGCGCGGCUUCUACUGGGGCCCUGACGAGAUGCUCAUCAUCCACGGCUUCGCCAUCAACGGCAAUCUCGCCAACCACUCCGUUAAAAGGAAGCAGGGGUCGUCGCCGAUCAACCUCGGGUGGAGCGCGCGGCUCCGCAUCGCGCGCGGCGUGGCGAGAGGCCUGGCGUACCUCCACGACAAGAAGUGGGUGCACGGCAACGUGAAGCCAAGCAACAUCCUGCUGGACGCGGACAUGGAGCCGCUGCUGGCGGACCUCGGCGUGGACCGGCUGGUCCGCAGCGCGGACGGCGGCGGGCUGACGAAGCCGUCGUCGGCGGCGCUGGCGGGUCGGUUCGGCGGGAGCAAACGUUCGGCCAAGAGCCUCCCCGACCUGUCGCCGCCGCCCAGCCACGUAGGCGGCACGGCCGCGCAACCGGCGAGCCCGGCCGUCGACACGGCGGCGCACUACCGGGCGCCGGAGGCCGUGAGGAGCCCCAGGGCGAGCGGCAAGUGGGACGUGUACUCGUUCGGCGUGCUCCUGCUGGAGCUGGUGGCCGGGCGCGCGCUGACGAGCCUGGAGCUGUGCCAGUGCGCUGCGGCGGAGGGGAAGGCGCAGGCGCAGGCGCUCGGGGUGGUGGACCCCACGCUGCGCCGCGAGGUGGAAGGGCGGGAGGAGGAGGAGGAAGCGGUGGCGAGCUGCCUCCGGCUGGGCGCCGCGUGCUGCGCCAUGGUGCCGAGCAAGAGGCCGUCCAUCAGGGACGCGCUGCAGGCCGUGGAGAGGAUGAUACCUGCUGCGGUUGCUUCGUCGUCAACAUCCACGGCAGCAUCACACCGUCAUUGAAAAAAUAGAAGAAGAAAGGACACGUCUUGCGUCGAAAAAAUUGCUUGCCAUGGAUGCAUGCAUGCUUGUAGCUUCUCGUCUCUGUACCAUACCAUCGUCAUUCACGGUUUUGUAAGUACCAGCUCCGAUCCUGAAAGGAAUUGGUUUGCAUGGUUGCAUUGC